UUAAUGAUGGAAUGUGGGGCACGCGGCGCGUUGACUGCAAUGACAGCGCAGUUCCAGACGAAAGAAGACGGAAUUGCGCGCCGCUAACAAUCCCUCGAUGUCUUAGAUCGCAUCGCACCGAGUUCUGAGAGGGGGGGUGCUGGGUGCGCGCGCGAGAGACCGCGGGAUGCGCGCCUCUCCGUCAUCCAGUGGAAGCGCGCGGCGCAGCCGGCCAAGAUGUCGUUCGCCAGGGUGAUCCACUACGCCACGAGUAUCCUGUGCUGCAACAAGGGCUCCAUGGACCUGCUGGAGCUCUACAGGAAGGUGUUUCGGCGCUUCGAGAUCUCGGAGGACCACUUCUGGUACAUCGUGAGGAAAUGUCCGCGCUUCGCCGUGGUGAAGAACGCCGGCGCGUGCGACGCCGCGUCCGAGGAGCGCGCCUCCGACUGCACGGUCGUGGCCAAAACGUCGCUGCGCAUCUGCAAGAACUACACCAAGUACGAGUGCGGCGACUGCCAGGAGCUGCACCUCUGUAAAUACUUUGUUUACGGCAACUGCAGAUACGGGAAGGGGAGGAAGCAGUGUAAGUUCUCACAUGAUGUGAGGUCAGAGCACAACUACCCCCUCCUGAGAGAGUGUACCCUCCACGAGCUUCAUGAAGAGGACCUCUUCCUGCUCCUGCUCCAGAACGACCCUUCUCUGCUCCCAGAGGUGUGCUCCCAUUACAACAAAGGUUCAGGUCCGUAUGGGGCCUGUACGUUCAAAGCCACGUGCACCAAGGUGCACAUCUGCCAGCACUUCAUCCAGGACGACUGCCGAUUCGGCCACCGCUGCAAGCGGUUGCACACCAUUGACGAUUUCGGCCGCCGCAUGCUGGAAGAGAGAGGUCUUAGUGGGGAGGUCAUCCACGACCUUCCCUUCAUCUACAAGAAUGUGUACCGGCUGAAUGCUAGUGUCUCCUACCCGGAGAGAGAAGCCGCAGUGGAGCCCAUCGCCAGACCCCUCAUGCAGAAUGAAGAGCGAACCGAGAUUUGUCUUCAUUUCAUACGAAGGAACUGCAGGUUCCAAGAUCAGUGCAUUCGCGUCCAUUUCAACCUGCCCUACAAGUGGGAGGUGUUUGAUGGCGAGGGCUGGAGAGACCUGCGGAGGAUGGAAGAGAUUGAGAGAGCCUACUGUGACCCUCGGAACACCCACAGCCCGGGGUCGAGACCCGUGGACUUCCUAACCAUGACCCGGGACUCCGACCCGGUGCGACGGCUCUCCACCGCCUCCUCCGUGACCAAGCCUCCCCACUACAUUCUAACCACCGAGUGGCUCUGGUACUACAAGGGUGAUCACGAGAACUGGAUUGAGUACGGCAAGCCCGAUGACAAGCAGCGUGUGACUUCGGUCGCGUCGCGAGAUCUGGAGCUGGCGUUCCUUACAGACGGCAGUGCGGAAGUCACAGUGAUGAAGGGCCAUCGGCAGUAUUACCUCAGUUUCCAAGAUAUGUACCAGCGAAACCCAAAACACAACACCAAGAGGAGAGUGAGGAGGCGCCCGAGAUUCGUGUCCAUCACCGAAGUGGAGAAUAAGAUCGCACGGGGGAUGGAGCAAGAUGUGAGGAAAGCGCACAGAUAUCAUCAGUUGGAGUUUGCAGAGAUCUCCUGAGAAGGGUUCGUUUAUUUGCGGUCAAUGAGGCUUCCAAGUUCACCACCCCCCUCUUUGCCCGCUGUCCUCUGCUUUUAGAAUUUCUUCAAACUGACUUUUAAACCCGGUUUUGUAUACUUCACAUACCAGCGAUCAACGCAGAUAUCGACGUCAUACCCUGGAAGGAGACUGGAAGCACAUAUUUAAAAAAUUGGAUGUUUUAAGUAAUAUUUCUGCCAAAUAAAGGAUAUUACUGAAUAAAUCU